CGGAAGAAAGGAAGAGGAAGCGUCGAGGAGGAAGAGGCUGAGGGAAAGGGGAAAGCCGCUUGGCGUUUGUGGGAGGCGGAAGGGAAGAGUGGAGGAGGGGUCUUCUUCUGGGGUUAAUUGAGGCGAAGAAGCCGCUUAGCCGUUCGCCAUGGGAGUGCCGAAGUUUUACCGAUGGAUCUCGGAGCGAUAUCCCUGCCUCAGCCAGGUGGUGAAGGAGCACCAGAUUCCAGAAUUUGAUAACUUGUACCUGGACAUGAACGGUAUCAUUCAUCAGUGUUCACAUCCUAAUGAUGAUGAUGUUCACUUCAGAAUUUCUGAAGAUAAAAUAUUUGCUGACAUAUUUCACUAUUUGGAAGUAUUGUUUCGCAUUAUUAAACCACGGAAGGUUUUCUUCAUGGCAGUCGAUGGAGUAGCUCCAAGAGCAAAAAUGAACCAGCAGCGUGGGAGGCGUUUUAGGUCAGCAAAGGAGGCAGAAGACAAAAUUAAAAAGGCAUUGGAAAAAGGAGAAACUCUUCCUACAGAAGCCAGAUUUGAUUCCAAUUGUAUUACCCCAGGGACUGAAUUCAUGGCCAGGUUACAUGAACACCUGAAGUAUUUUGUAAAUAUGAAGAUAUCUACAGACAAAUCCUGGCAAGGCGUGACUGUUUACUUAUCGGGCCAUGAGACACCAGGAGAAGGGGAACAUAAAAUUAUGGAGUUUAUCAGAUCUGAGAAGACAAAACCCGACCAUGAUCCGAACACAAGACAUUGUCUGUAUGGGUUAGAUGCUGACCUGAUUAUUCUUGGACUAACAAGUCAUGAGCCACAUUUCUCGCUUUUAAGAGAAGAGGUCCGAUUUGGUGGCAAAAAGUCACAAAGAGUAUGUGCUCCAGAAGAAACCACUUUCCAUCUGCUGCACUUAUCAUUAAUGAGAGAAUAUAUUGACUAUGAAUUUUCCCCAGUUAAAACCAAGAUUAAAUUCCCCUAUGAAAUUGAAAAGAUAAUAGAUGACUGGAUCUUAAUGGGAUUUCUAGUUGGAAAUGAUUUUAUCCCUCAUCUACCUCAUUUGCACAUUAACCAUGAUGCACUGCCAAUGCUUUAUAGAACAUACAUGGCUGUAUUGCCUGAACUCGAAGGUUACAUUAAUGAAAAGGGGCACCUCAACUUGCCACGCUUUGAGAAAUAUCUUGCAAAACUGUCUGAUUUUGACCGUGAGCACUUCAGUGAAAUCUUUGUAGAUUUAAAGUGGUUUGAAAGCAAAGUGGGCAAUAAAUAUCUGAAUGAGGCAGCUGGUAAGGCAGCUGAAGAAUCAAAACAACAUAAGAAACACAAGGUUCAGGAAAAUUCCUUAUAUUUGGCAGCUUUAGAGAAACCAGAUGGUGGGAAUGGAGUCAUUUUGAAAACUACUUUAGAAGAUGAACCAGAAGAGGAUGAUUUGUUUGAAACAGAGUUUAGACAAUACAAAAGAGCCUACUAUAUGACAAAGAUGGGUGUGGAAGUAGUUUCAGAUGACUUUCUGGCAGACCAGGCGAAGUGUUAUGUUCAGGCAAUACAAUGGAUUUUGCAUUACUACUACCAUGGAGUUCAGUCAUGGAGCUGGUACUAUCCCUACCAUUAUGCACCUUAUCUCUCUGAUAUUCGCAAAAUAGGCGACCUGAAGAUUUAUUUGGAUUUAGAGAAACCGUUCAUGCCAUUUGAACAACUUCUUGCAGUAUUGCCAGCAGCUAGCAAGGAUUUACUUCCAAAAUGCUACCAGCAUUUGAUGACCAGUGAAGAUUCUCCCAUUAUUGAUUAUUAUCCAACAGAAUUUAAAACAGAUUUGAAUGGGAAGCAACAAGAAUGGGAAGCUGUGGUAUUAAUUCCAUUCAUUGAUGAGAAACAAUUGUUAGAGGCAAUGGAACCUUGCAACAAGUUAUUGACAACAGAAGAAAGACAAAGAAAUAGGCACAGUGAAUGCAUAAUGUACUUACAUGAUAAAGAUAUAGAUUUCCAGUACCUUUCACCAUGGCCAGAGAAGUUCCCUUCCAUAGAACACUGCCAUACCAGGUAUAAAAUCUUAUCCUUGGAUGCUUGGCUUGUAGAUAUAGCCCAUAAUGAAAUAACCAAAUUGGAUUUGGAGAAGGUGUAUUUCUGUGGUUUUCCUACUUUGAAGCACAUUCCCCAUAAGUUCUAUCUUAAGAAAUAUGGGGUCCAAGUCUUUCAGCAGAGCAGCCAUGGAGAAAAUAUGCUUUUGGAAAUUAUGGUUAGAGAAGAUUCAGAGGAACUGAACAUAGAAAAUAUAGCCAGUUCAGUGCUUGGCAAAUCUGUCUUUGUUAACUGGCCACACCUAGAAGAAGCCAGAGUUGUUGUUGUAUCAGAUGGUGAAACAAAGUUUAGUUUAGAGGAGCCUCCUGGAACACAGAAGCUCUACAUGGGAAAUGCUGUGCCACCAACUAAAAUAACAUAUGCUGGAGAUAAAGAACAGAAUUUAUGGAAGAAAGAUAUCCAGGGAAUUUCAGAACACUACCAAAAAAGGAAAGGAAUUAUCAUUAACGAAACAUCUGCCAUUGUAUAUGCUCAGUUACUUACUGGACGUAGAUACCAAUUGAAUCAAAGUGGUGAAGUGUACUUGGAGAAGCAAUGGUCCAAGCAGGUUCUGCCUUUUGCAUACCAAACAGUUGUCAAGGAUAUAAAAGCUUUUGAUUCCCGCUUUUCCAAGUUGAAAACUUUGGAUGAUCUUUUCCCUCUUGGAUGUACAGUCUUCAUGCUGGGAGUACCUUACUAUGGCUGCACAGGAGAAGUUCAGGAUUCUUCAGAUGUCAUCUCAGAGGGUCGAAUCCGUGUUCUUUUCAACAUUCCAUGUGAACCUCAGUUAGAAAUCUUGAUACAGAAUCAACAUAAAUAUUCAGUGAAGUACAAUCCCGGAUAUGUGUUGGCCAGCCGUCUUGGAAUAAGUGGCUACCUUGUAUCAAGGUUUACAGGAAGCAUAUUUAUUGGAAGAGGAUCAAAGAAAAAUUCACAUGGAGAUCACAAAGCAAAUGUGGGAUUGAACUUAAAGUUCAAUAAAAAGAAUGAAGAAGUCCCUGGUUAUACCAAAAAAGUUGGAAAUGAGUGGAUGUAUUCCUCUGCAGUGGAACAGCUUCUUGCUGAAUAUUUGGAAAGGGUUCCAGAACUUUUUAGUUACGUAGCUAAAAACGGUCAAGAAGAUAUAUUCUAUGAAGAUGACAUUUGGCCUGGAGAAGAAGAGAAUGGUGCUGAGAAAGUUCAAGAAAUCAUUGCAUGGCUGAAGGCUCAUCCUGUUAGUACCCUGUCACGUUCUUCUUGUGAUUUACACAUUCUGGAUGCUGCUAUUGUUGAAAAGAUUGAAGAAGAAAUAGAAAAGUGCAAGCAAAGAAAAAGUAAUAAGAAAGUGCGUGUGACAGUGAAACCUCAUUUGUUAUACAGAUCUUUAGAACAACAGCAUGGAAUUAUACCAGACCGCGAUGCAGAUUAUCGUCUCUUUGACCGUGUUGUUAAUGUGAGAGAGAACUUUUCAGUUCCCCUUGGACUUCGUGGGACCAUUAUAGGAAUUAAAGGAGCCAGCAGAGAAUCUGAUGUACUGUAUGAAGUCCUGUUUGAUGAAGAGUUUCAUGGCGGAUUGACAAUAAGGAGCUCACCUGCCAGAGGUUAUCGCAUGCCAUCAAGUGCCUUAAUUAACCUUUCUUAUGGCAAUCGGUCUGAAACAGGAAAUCAGAAGCUAACUGCCAUAGUCAAACCUCAGCCAGCUGUGAGUCCCUACAGCUCAUAUUCACCUGAAUCAUUUUCUGUAUCUUCACAAAAAGCACAUCUAGGAGGUCUGAAUCAUUCCCCUCGUUCCCUCUUUGUUCCAACUCGACAACUGAAUGGAAGGCAGCACAACAGUCUCAAGGUUGAAAACCAGGGCGAUUCUGGAUCCCUCCAGAAAGGAGCAUAUUUAGGUGGCAAUGAAAAAUAUAAAAAUAAACAAGAUGAUGAAUUUUGCAGCAUUUGGCAAACUUUGCAGAGCUCUGGGAAGCCUCACCCUACUCAACAAAAUAGGCACGAAAAGGGUGGAAUGUUACCUCAGUCUAUAAAGCUAAAUACCAGUGGCCAAUGCAAACCAGGCUUUAAUGAAAGUAGCUUCAGAGGCCACCAGAGAAAACAAGAAUUGUUUAAGACAUCCAAAGAAGAAUCUAAAGAUCCAAGAAAUGAAGGUCAAACCCAUAAAAUAUCAAAUAAACAGAAUGUUGCAGGUGCUAACAAGUAUGUGAAGCUUUUGAAGAGGAAUGAAAGUACAAAUAUCCCAGUAGAACAAAAGUUGGAUGUUGGUGGUCCCAGUAAAACAGAGAAGAAUGGAUCUGAACUUGAAGACAUCUUGGCAUCUUUGAAAAUAUUCAAAGAAAAGGAAGUAAAAUCAUCUUACUCUGAGGAGCCAACAAAUGAAGAGCACUUGUCUCCACAGUCUUUUGCUAUGAAAGGGACACAAAUGCUCAAAGAAAUUUUGAAGAUAGAUGCUUCUGAUACAACUGAAGGGAAGACUGCAAUGAAAGAAGUUUCUGCUGCUCCUAGUAGACAAGAUUCUUACGGAUCUGCCUCGCAACAUAGGCAUCCAAAAAAGAUGGCCGCUUUCAUGAGCAAAUCGCCCAGCACAGGAGGGUUUCCAAACACUCAAGGCAUGGAAACUGGAGGCCACCCUCCUCUUGGACCACCGAACCCAUUGUCCACGCCAGUAUCUGAGCUGUCUCGCCUUUGUUCUCUUUUUGGAAUGCUGCCCCCAGAGUUUUCAUUCCUUAGAACCCCACAGACAAUGACAGUUUGUCAAGUAAAAUUGUCAAACGGCUUAUUAGUACAUGGACCUCAGUGCCAUUCUGAAAACGAAGCCAAGGAGAAUGCUGCAUUGUUUGCUUUACAACAGUUGAGCACUGUUGGGAUGAACUAUCCACUGCCACCAGCAGCACAUGUAUUUCCGAAUUAUGCACCUGUUGGAGCUCUUGUGCCACCUGGAUCUAUUCCUCCAGUCUUCACCCAGCACAGUGCUAAUAUGUUCCCUUCACCAGCUCAUGCAUUUGGCUCCAUGCCAUGGGGAACUCCACUGCCCGUUCAUGGCAAACCUUAUUAUGCCAGUCCGUAUCCUGGAAACAUGCCUUUAAUGACUGGUAUAGCAAUUGAAACACACAACCAGUUUAUACCUUUGCAGGUAACUAAAAAAAGGGCUGCAAACAAGAUGAACUCUGAAUCCAAGGAGUUCCCAGUUUCUCCUCAAGACCCACAGUUAAAGAAUGAGCAUCUAGUAUCUGACACCACAAAACUGCAUCUCCAGGAUGGUUUUUCAGAUUCUUUAAGAUCUCCGACGCAAACUGCUCUGUCAGGGAUGUCAUUUCAAGAGAAAAUUGCUUCUUCAAACACAGUUGCAUCUCGUAAAAAAUCAACACCAAAUGUUUCUACCAAGAGAAAGCCAAGAAAAUUAGCUGUGAAUUUUGGUGUACCCAAACCUUCAGAAUAAGCAUGGUAUCCUGGUGACUUUAUUUUUUCAUUAUGUUGAAAGACAAUAUUAAAAAUUUAAGCAUAAUGAGGCAAAACAUGUUUUGAAUUGUGAAUAUCUCCUUUUACUUUUAAUUAUUUUCAAUAAGUAUUUAUGUCCAUUGAACAGAGUGGUUUAACCUGUUUAAUAUCCAUGAAAUAUUGAGUUAAAGAAAUUAUUCUUCUCUAUUGUGCCUGUCUCGGACAAGUGGUUUUAUGGAUCUGCCCCAGGAGAUGAGCAAUAAUAUUAAGAUGGCAGUUCUAAUUGAUAAUUGCUUGGUUUAAAUGGAGAAUUUGAAAGCAUGAUUGUUGAUGUUUUGUCUCCCUGUUAGUGUUGCUAUAACUUCUUUAAGUGGUUUAUUUAUGGCACCUAACAUUUUAUCUCUAUUUUUCAGAUCCUUCUGAUCAAUUACAGUAUGAUUAGAUUUUCACUGUUGUGACACUGACAGCUUUGUUUUUGUGUAAAAUUUGUUUCUAGGAAUUAUGCCAAAGCAGCUUAAGGACUGGGAAAUUGUCUGACUAAAAUUAUUGUAAUAAACUGUCUUUAACAAACUGGCACCAUUAACAAGCAACUGAUGAGGAAACCAGAGUAGAUAUCCUUCAGGAAUGUGCAAGUAUGUCCCAUGCUUUUUGGAAGAAGUAAUGUGAAUGAAUGACUUCGAUACCUUUUACUGUAGUUCUGGUCUUAUCCCAAUAACCAAAAUGAACACAUCCCUCUUGAGGAUCUUUUAGUACAUUUUUAAUCUCUAAAAGCAUAUACAGUAUUAUUUGACCUGGUAUGUAAAAAGCAUGAAUACUGAAUAGUUUGCUUUAAUUAAUAAUAAGUAACCUUGUCAAUUAAGUUUCUAUGUAAGUUUUACAUUAUUAGUUUGGAAGAUGCUGCAGCACAGUUUCAUACUAAAUAAAAAACCCUGUCCUGUUUGAGUGUUUAACCUUCAGCUCAAAUAUGUGACAUAUUUAGAAACUGAAAUAAUGCUAUUCUAUUACCAGCAUUAAAAAUGUCACAAUUGUAUUUUUUCACCCACAACGAUCUUGGUGUGUCGGUUGUCAGCGCCUCACACAUUGCUUUUUCUAAAUUAACGUCCAUGUAAGAAAAUAAUGUCUGGAGAGUACCAUCCUGAGUCUCGGUGUAUGCAUCACAAAGUUUUCUAAAUUUAAGUUUGUGAAUGUAAGAACGUAUGUAUACACCCAGGCGUUAUUACCACUCUUCAAGUAUGGUCCUUUCCCCACAUUUAAAUUGAUGUUCAUGUGCAAGCAGUAGAAUAUUCCUUACUUUAAGGAGAUUGCCACCUUGUGAGGUAGAAAAUGAGCAUAUGUCACAAAAUCAUAGGCACAGUCCAUCAGUAAGAAAUGUUUUCCUCAGUACAGAGAUCAGUGGGUUUUAAAAGGUAGUUUAACUUGAGGCACAGUCAAAUGUAAUUCCACUUAUAGGGUCUGAUAAUGUAGUUUCAUUUCUGUGUCACCAGUUAAGUUCUCUAGUACUUUCAUCUCUAGGCUAUCCAUGUGGUUACAGAUUUUUAUGAAACUCAUUAAAUGUGCCAAUGUAUCUACAUACAUUACUAAAUAUUUUACUGCUGUCCCUCCACAUUUGCAGUUUAGACAUUUGGGGAUUUCAUUAUUAAUAGAUUUCAUAUGUUGUCUCUAGUCAUCUCUGGGUCUGCUCUGUUUAAUCCACUCUUAAUCCAGAUACUAGCAUUUACUUUUCCAAUUUCACAAGGUUUACAUUGAUUUCUGUAUACUAGAACUAAUCCUAUGGAUAGAAUUGUGAAAAAGCUGUUUUUUUCAAUCAGAACCAGCAGAACUAUCAGUUUAUAUGGUUAUUUUAUACAUAGGGAUUUGUGAUCUCAGUAAAACUGCCAGUCAAGUUUUCAUCAGCUUGGUUCUCAUCCCUAUGAUGUAUUGUAUCUCUUUCACUGUGUCUUGCUUUAAUUUGUUAAUUUGAAGGAUCAGAUUGGCAUUCAUUUCCUGUAUCCUAGGUGCCCAGUUUCUAAACGUGUAUUUUCUGAGAUAUAAACAAUUGGUUUAACACAUUUUAUUCAUAAUUUCAUUCUGUUUUUUAUAUAAAAAUAAUAUGGCUCAUUUCUCUCAAAAAUGUAUUUUGUAAAUGCUGGAUUUUUUCACUAAGACCUUGUAUAGAAUAGUAUUUUAUUAUGAUCUGAAAGGGAAGACUUUUAUGUGCACAUUUUAUAGUUUCUUUAAAAAUGAAAAAGAACUUUUGUCUAUCUGCCAAAAGAAAUAUUUAAACCUGGCAUGAAUAGACUACAUCGUUGUGUAUAUUGUUGAGCAUUUCAGAAUUCUAGAAUUAGUUGUGCAAAAGUAUUUUAAAUUUGAAUGUAAAAUAAACCAGAAAAAAAUCCUAUCUGGAGAGCUUUAAUACAAUAAUUUUAUAAAGACUUGCCCAUGUCUGCUUGCAUUAAAAAUGUAUACAAACA